GCCCUGACUUUUAUAUAAAUGAUAUAAUAUAUUAUCUCCUUUACAAUGUAGAAUCUUCAUAGAGCAUGAAUGUACGUAAUGAGAUAACUAUGUAUAUCAGCUGAUUUUUAUCAACUGCUGGUUAAAUUGUUGAUGUCAGAAUAGUCAGAGAAACACGCAGAAAUGACACUGACACAGUGCUUUCCAGAACCAUAAAAUGUGAUUAAAAUGUAAACUUUUCAUUUUCAAGAUAUUAUUAAGAUAAAUCAAUGUGAAAAUACAUUGAUAUUACAAAAUGUCUGAGAAAAAGUCUAUUGGGGGUAUUCCUGUGGAGUGUCUAAGUGGAGAAGCAGCUGCUAUAUGGUCUGGCUGGCGUACACUGGGAGACAGAGAACUUGUGAGAGAAGCUUCUGCUAAGGGAACCCAUAUAAAACUAGCACAUAAAUGUCUUGCAUAUAGAAGGCAUUGUUCUGUAGAGCAAGCAUGUAUAUAUUUCAAAGAAGUAGAAAAUUGGGUCAGUGAGUUAUUAAACAAAAAACAAGUUUACAGAGCUUCACAUAUUCUAAAAAAUAUGGGGAAGGACUCAGUGGAAUAUAUUUUUGCUGUUUCUACAAAAAGCAAAGAUUCGGCCUUAAGAAAUUAUUUAUGUGAAUACAUGAUAAAUGUUAGUGGAUUUAAGAACGAACAUGUCAUGGCAUGGAACAUAAUUAAGUCAGUUAUACAGCAUGAAGAAAAACACAAAAUUGAAAAUGGAUUAAGUUCUUCUAUAUGCAUAGAUGAUAUAAUAAACCUACCAGAGAAUAUUAAAGAAGCCUUAUACACUGAAUUAUAUUUCUCUUUGAAUGACCCACAAAUUUUGGAAAAUGUAUCCAAUACUGUUUUGUGGGAUUAUUUAUUAUCUAGCAAUAAAAUUAAUGCAAUAAGGCUAUGGAUUGAUGGAAGAUUUAAUCCAGAUAUCUUACAAUACUCAAAUGAAAUUGACCAUCAUUUAAAAUCAUUAUUUAUAAAUUUAAAUAUUACAUCAGAUAUGAUUGACCAUGUAGAUUCUUCCAAUGCUAGUAGUCUUGUAAAAAGUUUAACUAAAGAUCAUUUAUCCAGAUAUGGUGUAUAUGUAACAAAAGAAAAGAAUGAUUUAAAAUUAAUAUUAAAUCGUUCCUUUGGCUGUGGUAUCACGUUGAAAGAACUUGAUACGAUAUUAUCUCUCUCUUCUUGCAAUAUUGAUAAAACGGAAUUUUUGCGAAACGUUGAUCAACAAUUAUGCCUUACACAUUGUUCGCAAGAAGGUCACACCGAAGAUAAUUUAAAGCUUACACAAUUAUUUAACGUAUUAACUGAUAUGUGUAACGCUAAAGAUAAUUACGAAGACGCGUUAAUACAUGGAAUAAUCGAAUCGAUUAAUUAUAUCUCUGACGAUUUUAAUGCCUAUUUAAAAACAAAUUAUUUAGUAAGCUUGACAUUAAUAUUUUUACGAUUAUACCAAAUGAGAAGCGCCUUAGGUAAUGAAGUGAGCAUCUCAGAGAAGAGUAAACUAAUGAGAGAUAUAUUUACGAAUAAAAUUCCUUUACAAAUCGGUGAACAUGUUAUUUCUCAAGAAGUUCUUCAAAAUGUGCUCACACAUAUACCAAACAUGCAAUGUAUCAUUGAAGAUCAAAUUACGAAAGAUGAUAUUACAGUGUAUGAAUUAUUAGACGGUUAUCAAAAUUUGAAUGCAAAACACUUAUUCAAAUGGCGCUUGAAAAAUGAACCCAUGCCUACUUUCAUGAACGAAAAUCUUGUUAAAAAAUAUGGACAUAAAGAAAUACUGACAUAUCAUUAUUAUUUGAAAGAAGGUAGGCCAGUUAUGGCUGCGUAUAAUUUAGAAUACGCUCAAGCUAAAUUACUCGGAAAUGUCUCUUCUCAAAGAAAAUGCAAAGCGGCCUUACACGCGCACAUUCUCGCUUUGAGAAAUCUAGAUAAAUCUGAUAUCGUAUGCAGUUGUAUUGUUUUUAUGGAAUUGCUGAAGAUUGAUUCGAGCAAUUUACGAUUACACGUUACUGUGGCAAACUAUGUGCAGGAACAACUAAACAUUUCUAUAGGGAAUUUAUUGGAAAAUGUAGUGUAUAAAAAUCAAAUUGAUUUAAAGUCUGUGAUAUCUUAUUUAGAACAAAGCUUCCAAAAACAUUUACUGGACAAAAUCUCGAUGCGUGAUAAUGAGCUGUUUGUUGAAGCAUUAAAAACAUGGGAUAUUAUUGUCCGUUUUGCACAAGUUCACGACUGUGUACUACCCGAUAUGUUAUUGAAAUAUUUGGCAAAUCAUGGUUUAUGGUUCGAAUUUGUUGCAGUCAGUCAAAUAUUUGCUUAUCCCACAAAUCAGGUACUGGAAAAUGAAUUAUUUAAUAAUACGAGUGUACAGGAGCAUUUACUAAUGUGUCUAAACAAUAGUAAACUUAAUAAAUCUGAACCGUGUAACGAACAGAAAUCUCGUGAUGCAAGACAAUCAAAACAACGCAAAGUUGGAGUAAAAGAAAAUGAAUCUCCGACAUUCAGUUUAUCUAUAUCUGAAACUGACACCGAUGUAGCCGAUAUAAAACAUACUUUCAGUCCAAUUUCUUCAGAUAAUGAUUUGUGGUUAAUUAUAUUAAAUUGUCAUCAAAGUCAAGACCCACCCAGAGCAUUAAUUAAUACAGCUUGUUCAAACUUCAUGCCUAUAUUAGCUAUUUUGGCUACAUGUUACGAACCAUCCUCAGUAGCAGCAUAUUGUUAUUGUUGGAUGGUAAUAUCAACAAGAAGAAAAGACAUACUUCUCGAUUACGCGGAUUGUCUAGAGCAACAAAUAUGGCCUUCCGAUAAAGUAUCAGAAUUAUUAAAUAAAAUGAUUCAAUGUGGUUAUAUUAAUACAGUUAAUCGAGCUUAUAAAAUUUUCAUGACCGAUAAUAUUUUGAAUCUAUUCUUUGAAUUUCUGAUGCAAACAAUUAAUUACAGCGAAUUUAAGGAUAGUCAACAAUAUUUAAUGGAGUUUAAGUCACAAUGUUCCUUGCUUAAAUCAAAUAAAAUUAUGGACUGGGAUAGUGCUCAUUUCACGUACUUGAAGAAUUUGUAUUGGGUUGCAGAUGUUACAACUCGAUGCAUUGUUAUAGCACUCGGUUAUGGCUUUCAAAGUACGCCAUUGCGUAUAAAAUUUCUCGAAGCGCUAAUAAAAUGUAAUUUUUCUAUAGAUUUACCAGUCGCAGUACCGGAUUUUCAACGAUUAUUGGAUAUAAUAAAAAUUCUACAGAAAACCGAUAUAACAUUAAAUUUUAAAGCUGUUACUAUGAUCGACAAUGUAUAUAAUUUUGACACAGAGAUUCAAAGAUGCAUUAAUGACUUAAUGACAAUCGAAAAUUAUAGCGUUGCCAUAGAAUUAGCAUGUCGCGCAGGAUUAAAUUCAUAUGAAAUUAUAUUAGCACAAUAUCGGAAUAUUUUUAAAAAAUCUAUAAAUGUAGAUGGCAAAAUAAAUUCUGCUUUCUGGACGCAAUGUGCUCAAGAUUUCAACAAAUAUAAUGUUCCAUCUCAAGUAGCAGUUGAAUUCUUUGUCGAACAUGCUAAGGAAGUUAUAUCGCAUAAAGAGAGAUAUGAAGUUUUAAAAUUGGCUUACGAGACUUUGAAAAAUACCGAAAUUGAACAACAAACUAUCGAUACUCUGGAAAUGGCAAUGUGGAAAUCAUGUAUUUUAGCUGGGCCUGAAAAUGUACACUUUGACUGUAAUGACUGCAUUUUUAAUAAAUUGAAAACGGAGUUACUAUCUGGUUUAGAUAGAUUACAAGUAAUUUGCACUUUGUUGGAUGAAGCCGAAAAAAAUUCUGUAGAGAUUUUAAUAAAUAAACUAAUUGAUCUGGGCAAAUUGGAUACUGCUUUACGAAUAAACGUGAUGUUUAAUUAUAAUCAUAAAGAUUUGCAAAUAUUGAUGCUGUGUUUAAGCUUAGCAGAAAACGAAAUUUCACCAGCAAACUUAACUGCGGAGCAAAAGAAUCUUUUGGAAGGAAUAAAUAACAAAGAACAAAAACAAACCCCAAAAAACAAACAACAAAAAUCUGGCAUUUUGCGUAAUCGCACUCUACAAAGAUAUUCUUCAUCAUCAUCCCUAAACACAGUUUCGUCGGCUAUAGAAACUAGGAAUAUAAACGAUACAACGAUCACUAAUAGUCACCAGCUUCAAAUGGAAUGUAUUUCAAUUUUAGAAAAAUUGUCAGAAAUUCUUAAACACGGAAAUGAGAUAUGUCAGAGAAUUAUUUCGUGUUAUAAACUUGCUGCACGUUUAGGGAAAACAUAUCAAUCCCUAUUGCUGCUGAGCAAUCCGAUUAAAUUUUUGCAGGAAAUCAUGGAAAGUAAUAUUGAAAGUAAAUUUGAAACUGCUAAUGAAAUAAUAAUAUCUUAUAAAAUUAGGACAGAAGAUGUGGCAAUGUUUCUAACUGAAAACAUAAAAAUGCACAUAAGUCGUGUUACAGAAGAUGGGCAAGAAGAUCCUAUUUUUAUUUGGGGCUAUUCCAUGCAUUCACACUUUCACUUAAUAAUGGAGCUAUGUAACGAUACUUCGUUAUUGGGCUUGAAAUUGUUGAGGACGGCGCAAUCAUUGCUGGGAAGAUAUAUUAGUACUCAUGAUGAAAAAAAGAACAUUGCAGGAUUAAAAACAAUAAUAGAAUUAUUGAUAAAAUCGCACGAUUGUUUCACGGCUUCCUGUAAUGUGGAAGGAAUAGCUUCAGUAUUACGAAAAUGUCAGAACCUUGCGAAUAUGUUACAAAUGUUCAAGCAUUGGGCACUAUUAGUACGUCUUAUAACUGGUGUUGGACGAUUUACCGAAAUGAAUUAUAUAUUUCAAAUUUUAAAAGAAAAUGAUCAAUUUGAAUCUUUAUUAGGACAAGGUUUGGAUAAGGUACCGGGUCUAAAAAUGGCACUAUUAGAAUUCCUGAAGCGUCAAUGUCCAGAUGAUAAAGAAUUGUUUACUUUAGUAGCGCUUCAUUUUCGUUUAUAUUAUGAAAUCGCACUCAUGUGGGAAAAUGAAGCAAAACAAAUAAUUAUAAACUUAAUAUCUGAGGUAUCAAAAGAGUACGGAAGAGGCGUAACUGGUUCCAUUCCAGUAGAAAUAAAAUUUACUCGAGAUACCAAUAUUCAAAAACAGUUACAACUGGCUGUAACUAAUUUCACUCAUGCCACUCAAUAUUAUUUACAGGAUAAGAAAUUAAAUCUCGCUAACCAGUGUGCUAAUCAAGCUCAACUUGUCGCUCUUCAAAUCGGACUACUGUACACGUUACCACAAAAUCAGCAAGCAGUAUGCUUAUUCAAUUUGAAAAACGAUGAGUUGGAUAAAAUACUGUCUCAGAUCUUAAGCUUUCCUCAAGCUCUUGUUGUUACUCGUGCUUAUAAUUAUCACGCAGAUUGGGCUAAUCUUAUUUAUCAUCAUUGUAUUCUCAAAGGUGAGACGAAAUAUCUCAAAGAAUUCAUGAUGGUAAACACUCUGACGUCUACGAUUGCACAAGAUUGUGCACGUAGAUACAGUUUGGAAAAAAGUAUUAACCAUUCCAUGAUAGAUAAUAUGAAAACUCUGAUCUCUGAAUUAUCAGACGUCAAAUGUAAAUAUAAGAUAGCUAGUCAGCUUGGCUUUAAGGAUAUAGUGGAAGAAAUGCUCAAUAAUCCUUUAGUGGGUUCAUACCUGAAAGAUACGAUUUGGAAGAAAGGAUAUUCUUCUUCAUGAUGUAAUAUGCUACUAACAAAAAUCGAUACAAUUAAUAAAAACAUUAUGAUACAAACUGAUUUUCUAUUAUUACGAGCAAUAUAAAUUUGUACUUAUCAAAAAAUAAAUAAUAUUGAUAUUA